UUUUUUUGUUGUUGUUGUUUUUUUCGUGUUCGUGGUGCGUGUGUGACGCUUAAAAGGAAAUCAUGAACGGGAAUUUCGAAGAGAAGAAAACUUUCAUCGACUUUGGUUUUUGCUGAGCAUCAACAAACCCGUUUUCUCAAAUUCGCCUCGGGGACGUCAGUUUUCUAUGACGGAUCUCGGAGGGAGACUCAAAGGCUAUUGAAAUUGGGUGAGGCGGUAGAGUAAGAGUCACGCGACCUGUAAAAUGAUGUUCUGUUCUUUCAGUAUGUUGCUCCGAGAGAGAAAAGAAAAGGAAAUGGAUUUUUAAGGUCAAGGACAUGCUAGAGGCGAUGGAUUUUUUUCUUUUCGAUACAGUCGUCUUUGCUAGAGGCUCAUCUUGAGAAAGAAGUGUUCACAAAUCAGUACAGCUUCGUGUGACGUAACGGGAGACCAAACCUGAGAAAGACAAACGGAGAAGCGAGGCCUCCACCUCUCCACCUCUCUUCCCUUUCGUCCACUCGUAAUUUGAUAAGACCGAUCGAUUCCCAAGGCACCCUCCCUUCCCCCUGACACUCCAUUCAAGGACACACUCCGCCAGCACCUUGGCUCAAGUUCUCCCUUAAAGAGUUUAUUAGGCCCCGGAGAAAGUGAUGGUUGGAUGACCCUGCAGGGUGUCUUUGAGGAAGCAGGUGUAAACAGGUGAUAGCCUGACUACAUUCAGAAUGCAGUGGAUGGGGGGGUCGUGUUUACUUAGUGUUUACCUGUGCGGAGGUACCUCGUGGAUUUUUCUUUCAAUUUCUUACUCUCCUGCCGCUGUCUUGUUGAGGCUUUAUGGUGAGAGUGCUGGCGUGCAAACACUUCAGAUCAGGUAGCCAUGACAGUGUGGAGGGAAGGAGGGAGGGUAGAGGAAAGGUGAGGGUGCCUGAAAUAGGAGGAAGAGCUUGCCAGGCCGCCGAGUGCCUCUCGUGGUGGUGUUUUCAUACUGGCGGCUUCCGCCAGGUGGUGGUGAGUGACAGUGGCGUUGCCGCGAGGCCGUGAGGAAUCACCGACCAAGGCUGAGGAGCAUUGCGUCAGCUGGCACAGCAAGCAGCACCAUCACCUCACUAGGACUCAUAUCAGAACUUGUUGUGAUAUAUGGAGGACAGGAACUGAAUGAUGAAUGCGGCACCCGAGCGGGACUUGCAGGUUUGAGCCACAGGGCGGCGCUGGCCCCGCCGCAGGUCAGACGUCGCUGAGCCGCGCGAGGGAGCAGACGCCCCCGUCCCUGCCACGUGGUUCCUGGCUCACCCAGGCUUAGGUGAGCCGCUCACCUCCUGCCGCACAGACGCACCUCGGGAUUACUGUACAGGUGUCUGGUAGCUCGUCAUGACCCUCCUCGUCUAACCGGGUAUCAGGUUGAACGUCACUUAUCCGGCCUCGCCACAAAGACUACCUCAUCCCCGCCGGGAGCACCUCCAGGGCGGAAUGAUCACUCGGGACGCAGGGACGUUCUCAGCUACCCAGCUGCUGUCCCCAUUAGGCGGCGCUCUCACCCACUGAGCCAUUCACGUCAUCAGGGACGCCCUUGCCUAGCGCUCACCCACAGGCUCUCCCUACCAAGACCCCAACGCACUCAUCCAGCCUCCCCCCACGCACACCGACAGCACCCUACCAAAUAUUCCGCACUCAACGUCCAGCCCACCCAAUUGCUGUUUCCGGGAAAGACUGCUUGCUACCAGGAUACGCCGCCGCAGCUCCUUUCCGCCUCACAAGCUCAUCUGACGUCACCUGGAUCUGCUUAGCCGCCUCCUUCACCACCGCAAGCUUCUGUGAUACUGAGAAACACGAUAACAGCCUGCCGCCCAAAUGUCGAUGUCCAACUUGUUUUUGUUCCGCCUGCACAACCUGCGCCGAGAGGAAGGCCGCAAGAAGAAGACCCGCCGUCCUGGGUUUCAAGACUGUACCAACCUGCUCACCCUGGCGCCCUCUAGACUCUACGAGAAGGCGCCCAUCACGCCAACAGAUUCCCUCGAUGAACUGGCCUCGCAUAUACCCAGAGUGCGCGUUGAGUACUACGUCAACGAGAACACCUUUAAGGAGCGGCUUCACCUGUACUUCGUUAAGAACCAGCGAUCAAGUCUCCGCAUUAGGAUCUUCAACCUGCUCAUCAAGUUGCUGACAUGUGUCCUGUACAUCGUGCGUGUGUGCCGAGACAUCGACCCCAUCCGUGCUAACUGCUACGACUGCCCCGAGGAUAAGGAGGUGACUGCGUACUUUCUCGAAUACGGCAACAAGACAGACGAGCGAUUUCAGGAGAACCCGGUGAUCAAUUGGCAGGCGGUGCUAUGGGUGAAUCGCACCUUACCGCUGUGGGCCAUCCAGGUGGUGGUGGCAACUGUGUCGCUCUCCGAGGCUCUGCUGCUGGCUUACCUCAAUUACAAGGGCAACAUUUGGCAGACGUUAAGGUCGUUCUACUUCAUUUUGGAACUUGUCAACACCAUCCCCUUCAUCCUGACAAUAUGUUGGUCGCCACUCAGAAACCUCUUCGUGCCGGUGUUCCUCAACUGCUGGCUGGCCAAACACGCCCUCGAGAAUAUGUUCAACGACCUCCACCGAGCGAUGCAGAGGUCGCAGUCGGCAUUAAGUCAGCAGUUGAUGAUCCUUUGUGCCACCUUCAUGUGUCUUGUCUUCACCAGCGUGUGCGGCAUUCAGCACUUCCAGCGGGCAGGAAACCGCCAUCUGAACCUCUUCCAGGCCGUGUACUACGUGAUCGUCACCUUCUCCACGGUGGGCUACGGAGACUUCGUGCCCGACAUCUGGCCCUCGCAGCUCUUUAUGGUCAUCAUGAUCUGCGUCGCGCUCAUCGUUCUCCCCACACAGUUCGAGCAGCUGGCAUUUACGUGGAUGGAGAGAAAGAAGCUCGGAGGGACGUACUCGGCCCAUAGAGCUCAGAGUGAGAAGCACGUGGUGGUCUGCUCCACUAACCUUCAGGCUGACACCAUCAUGGACUUCCUUAACGAGUUCUACGCCCACCCACACUUACAGGACUACUUCGUGGUGCUCCUGUCGCCCAUGGAGUUAGACCCGACGAUGAAAAUGAUCCUGCAGGUGCCGAUGUGGGCGCAACGGGUCAUAUACAUCCAGGGAUCGUGUCUCAAGGACGGGGACCUCACCCGGGCCAGGAUGAGCGAGGCGGAGGCGUGCUUCAUCCUGGCCGCCAGACAAUACACCGACAAGACCGCCGCAGACGAGCACACUAUCCUGCGUUCCUGGGCAGUGAAGGACUUCGCCCCCAACGUGCCCCAGUACGUGCAAAUCUUCCGCCCGGAGAACAAGCUGCACGUGAAGUUUGCAGAGCACGUGGUGUGUGAGGAUGAGCUCAAGUACGCCCUGCUCGCCAACAACUGCAUGAGUCCGGGCAUCUCAACCCUAGUGACGCUGCUGCUGCACACUUCCCGCGGCCAGGAGGGCCAGGCAUCACAGGAGGACUGGCACCGGCUGUACGGAAAGUGUUCUGGCAAUGAGAUCUACCACAUCAAGCUGAGCGACUCUAGGUUCUUCGGGGAGUACGAGGGGAAGAGCUUCACCUAUGCCAGCUUCCACUCACAUCGCAAGUAUGGCGUGGCUCUUGUUGGGGUCCGGCCAGCCGAGCUCCCAGAGUUUUAUGAAGACACCAUCAUGCUCAACCCAGGCCCAAGACAUAUCAUGAAGAAGACAGAUCUGUGCUUCUACAUGAGCAUCACCAAAGAAGAGAACAGUGCCUUUGUGGUGGGGUCUACUUCCACCAACACCACUACUGCCAACCAGGAGGGGAGGGUGGAGGGAGGGGGUGCUGAUGCCUCACUCACCAAAGACCCAGAGAGAGGUGUUGGAGGAGGAGAGAGAAGGGAAGGUGAUCGAGAGGAACCUUUACCCAAACCAAGAUCAGGGCGAAGGUGUGUUCUUCUCAAGCUGCGCUCAAACGUCUCUGUCAACGAGCUGCAGAAGAAAUUAGAGGAGGAGGUGGAUCGGAGAAGGGAGAAAUGGGAAGAAGAACAAGGAAGACAUAUAACCAGAGAGGAAGCCUUGGUAACCUCUACCAAACAAAAACUCAUUCAGGAGGAAGGAGAAUCAAUGGAGCUGCGGAAAAGUCACCCAAGACACAAGCUGGAGCGAGAAGACACGACAAAAUCCAACAGCCCUUCCUUGAGUGGUGGUAAUUUCCUUGAUGUCCCACGCUCCGACACCCUUAUCAGUGUCUCAGACAAACGCCCCGAGACUCGCCGUCCAUCCAUUCUACCUGUGCCAGACAUGUUCACUGGAUCCAGCCUCAAUAUUUCAAGCCAGGAACGAGGUAGUGAAGAUGUAUCAGGAGAGAGUGAUGAUGAGGUUGAUGAUGUGCCUUGGCGGUCACCGUCAGAGAUGAUUGCGAUCAUCAAGGGAUUUCCACCUGUCUCCCCAUAUAUUGGUGUGAGUCCCACCCUCUGCUACUUGUUGAAAGAAAAGAAGCCCCUCUGUUGCCUACAGCUAGCACAGAGUAGAAUCAGAUCUGUUUGUGAUCACUGUACCUACCGCAGUGCCAAGGAGUACAAUUGGCAAAACCGAGCUGUCAUCCUGGCUGCUGAUUAUGCAAGCAAUGGUAUCUACAAUUUUAUCAUUCCCCUCAGAGCACAUUUCAGGAAAAAGACAUUACUGAACCCUAUUAUCCUCUUGCUUGAGCGAAGACCAGAUGUUGCCUUUCUUGAUGCCAUCUCUUGGUUCCCUCUUGUCUACUGGAUGCUGGGUUCCAUUGACUGCCUUGAUGACUUGCUGCGGGCUGGCAUCAAUGUGGCAGAAAAUGUGGUGGUGGUUAAUAAGGAGCUUAACAACUCUGCUGAAGAAGACACUCUAUCAGACUGUAACACCAUUGUUGCCGUCCAGACCAUGUUCAAGUUCUUCCCCAACAUCAAAAUCAUCACGGAGUUGUCUCAGUCGUCCAACAUGCGCUUCAUGCAGUUCCGAGCUCGGGAUGCAUACGCCCUCCACCUGUCUAAGAUGGAAAAGGGUAGCCAGCCUCAGGGCCCUAGGAGUCGCCCUGCAUCUCGUCGCCGUUCUCGCUCAUUCCGACGGCGGCCUCCGCCGCAACGACCGAUUUACUACUCUGAAGUUAUAAAUCAGCUGGAACGGCGAGAAAAGGAGAGAGGAUCUCACAUCUCCUAUAUGUUUCGACUCCCCUUUGCUGCUGGGAGUGUGUUCUCAGCCAGUAUGCUUGACACACUCUUAUACCAAGCCUUCGUCAAGGACUACCUCAUAACUUUUGUCAGGCUUCUACUGGGAGUGGACCAGGCACCAGGUUCAGGCUUCCUCACAUCAAUGAAGAUUGGGAAGCAGGACUUGUGGAUCAGAACAUAUGGUCGACUUUAUCAGAAGUUGUGCUCCACUACCUGUGAAAUUCCUAUUGGCAUUUAUCGCACUAUAGAUACAAGCAACAUGGAACCUGGAAAUAAUGAUGGAGACGCCUCGGGCAUUGGCCAUUCCUAUUCUCACUUGUACGACACCACCUCUUGUUUCCUAUGCCAGAGCAACAAAAGCUCAAUGUUCUCAUUAAACAUAUCGGAUGAUCCAAAGGAGAUACACUGCAACCUGAUUGAACGGGCUGAGAUUGCUCAGUUAGUUCGUUCUCGUAUGCAGAGUUUAGCCCUCCCUCCUGAGGAUUAUGAUGAUGUAUCUGAAAAGCGCAAUUCUUUGUCCUUCGUGAUCAUCAAUCCCUCCUGUGACCUGAAACUGGAAGAAGGGGAUAUUGUGUACCUCAUCCGGCCAAGCCCCUUCUCAGCCCAGAAGACAUUUGAGCGUCACAACUCUCGGCGGAAAUCUAACAUCUCCCUUUGUGGAGACAACAGGCGGAGAAGUACCACAUUUGUCCGGCCCCCUCCUCUUACUGCUGCUCCUAAGUCCAAUUCUCUUAGUCUGCCAGACAGCCCACAGAUAUCUCCAGGAGCAGAAGGCCGACAGUUCUGCCCUCCUGAGGGUCUUUGUGGACCCUUGCUACAAGAGACCAGAAAUGGUUUUCACCAUGCGACGAAAUUGGCAAACAGGCGAGAUGAUGCAGAGCUAGCUGGAAGGUAUGUCCGUGGUCGUUCCAAUUCUCUCCGAGUGGAUGACAUCCUCAUGAGACGCUCCAAUUCCCUUCGCUUCGGCCUGGAAGCAUCACGUAAGAUAAAUAGUUUUGAGGAACUUGGCAUCAGCCCGCUCACACCACUCACACGUGACGAGCGAACGGGCUCUAUCAAGAUUCCUACCAAUGGGUCCAUCGGUCUAGAGGUUACACCUCCUGAAGAGUGUGGCUCAGAGGCCUCCGUCCCUUCCAUUCAGCUGCAAGGAACCAUCGUCUGACCCCCGCCGUCACCUCGACCUGCACGAGUCUGGUUCCACAUGGGUGGUGCUCGUGGGGUCGCCCGCUCACGCUCCCCACGACUUUGACGGCCAGCUGCCUCCUACACGUCUCGACCAGCCCUCGGCCCUGUGCCCUGGCCACAGUCACAGUGAGAGGAGGCUUGAAGGACUUAGUGUUGAGCUAUUGGCAAACCAGCUAAUGCUCAGAAUUAUAGUGAUGCCACAAGUGCUUGGUUAGAGUACUGUUCAUUAAAGUGUGAUCAGUACUGGAUGUUAUUUGAACCCUGGGUACAAAAGUAGAUGGAUUUUUAUUUUAACAAGAAACUAUAAAUCUAUCAAAUUAUUCACUGUAAGGUAGUGAUAUGAAAAUGGUGAUAUAUUGUUUCCAGUUUUGUAUAUUCAAAGAAACACAUUGAUGCGAGGUAUCAUAGCAUGAUCUAGUCAGUCAGUUUACCACAUGUUUAUUACCUCUGAGGCUUACCUUCCGUGAAGGGUUUGUCGUGUCCUAAGCAUAUGUAGGAUAUGAGUCUCAUCUGCCAUCUCAUGUGUAGCUCUGCUCAAAUUAAGAGGGCGUGUACUUUAUCAUCUGAAUAUCAUAGAGAUAAUAGUGUUUCUCUCUUUCAGAUUAUAAGAAAAGCUCUUCUUCCAUAUAUGCUGGCAAAGAACAAGUGUUCUUGUCAGAUAUUGUUGAAUAAGUGCUCUCCAUGUAAAGAGUUGCACAUUUCAGUUGUUUUCAUCUUAUAUGUUUCAAUGUAAGCUGAAUCAGCUAACUUUCAUGAUACAGGUAUUUGUAUAACUGAUGCAGAACAAACUAUUCUAGCAUUUCCUUAAGCAUAGUCAACCCUCUCUUUCAUUUUCUCUUUCAUCUUUUUCAUCAAACCUCAUCAGAACUAAUUUAGUCAUAAUGAAUAAUCACAGUGCAAACUGUUCAUCAAAUUAGAAGCAGACAAAAUCCAUAUGUUGUAAAUAGAUACAUAUGAUUUGCUAAAGCCAUAUAUUUAUGUAUAAAGUCAUCAUAGAUUAAGCAGGUUAGCCUGAUGGGCAGAGUUUAUUGUUUACAGAAUUGUCCCUGAAUCUUGCAACUGUGACAUUAUCUCUUAGGACUCUCAAGGCCAGGCCAGAGGGUGAGCUGUGGGGACCAGGCUGCAGGAAAGAGAACCCUCACAAGGGAACCUUUUCCUAAAGCUGUCAAGAGUAACAGGGACUGUUGGAUCACCUCAUUAUCAUUGUUCUCAUAUUUUUAACAUUUUAAUAUGAAUGAUUUGUGAAUGUGUAUGUAAUUUUCAAGUUUGUUAUAUUCAAGCCUUUAUGUGUCUAUAUCAUAGGUAUGUAUAUAUGAAUAUACAGUAUCAGUGUACAUAAAAAAACAUAGUUUAUAUUUAUUUCUAUAAAAAUAGACCAUUGUGAUAAGUCAGUUACAAUAUUUAAGAUAUAUUUCAUGAUAUACUGUACAUUGCGCCAUGGCAUCUGACCUGUGUGCGUCAUUUCAUAAUGCAUACAGGUGUUCUGUUAGUGCCCACUCAUGACUAGACUGAGGAGUGGCUGGUGGUAUGUACACAUUGGGUAGGGCAGUGCUCUGGCCACAUGGUGGGAGGCCUGAAUAUUGGUUGUUUGUUUCCUGUAGUAGGCAAAAAAAUGCAGGGUAAGGUGGACAACUUGUUUAUUUUGUUGUAGGAAACCUAAGAUGCAAACUUUCAAUAAGAGUUCAAGUAAUGUAAUCACUUAUCAAAGUUUUGUUGUAUGAAGAGGAUGCAAAUGGAAUUAUCACUUAAAUAUAUUAUUAGGCAUUUUGUUGUAUGGUUAUGAUGCAAAUGGAAUUUUAUCUUUGAUAUAUUGCUUACUUUCUCCCAACAAUCAGUUCCCCAUACUGCAGGGAACUCAACAUGUGGUGCUCUAAUAGUAUACAUUGAUGCCUCUUUGUUUACUUCCUCUUUCAUAUUUGCCUUUGUUGAAUGAAGAGGAAACUGUGAAACUGUGCUAUAUACAUUUUUUUUUUUAUUUCAGUAUUAGUAUGCAUGUAUUUUUGUGAUACAUUAUAUAUAUAUAUAUAUAUAUAUAUAUAUAUAUAUAUAUAUAUAUAUAUAUAUAUAUAUAUAUAUAUAUAUAUAUAUAUAUAUAUAUAUAUUUCUAUAUCCCUUCUCAUCAUAAUAUUUCAGCAUUGUACCUAAAAAGAAAUAGUUGCAUACUCAUUUGUAACAUUCAUUAGUGUGACAUAACUGAAUAGGAAAAUAAAAAUAGUCAGAUUAGGACACCCACUGACUUAAGGUUGUCUAGGUAAGUAUGAUUUCAUAAACCAAGAUGAAGUCAGUCAUUUCCUUUCCCUCAAGUAAUCAAGAUAAGGUUUAAUAUACCUAAGUAACUGCAGGAAUAUAUAUAUAUAUAUAUAUAUAUAUAUAUAUAUAUAUAUAUAUAUAUAUAUAUAUAUAUAUAUAUAUAUAUAUAUAUAUAUAUAUAUAUAUAUAUAUAUAUAUAUUAUAUUUUUUCAAUAAUAUGCCAGUGAAUGUAAAUGGGGUUUGAUAUAUGGUGCCUGUUCCAUCUGAUCACUGUGUUAAGGUAUUGUUCAUAGUUGUAAACAACAGGAAACAAACAAUUUAUGCUCUAAGGCCAAAAGAGCUGCAAUGAAAAAAAAAAAAAAAAAUCAAGCAUAAUCCAGCAUAAUUUCAUAAUUUUAUUCCACUUGUUACAUAGUUUAUUGCAUCUUUCAUCAUAGCACAUGUCUAGUAUUAAGUCUAGAUGCCAGUCCUGGUGUCAGGCCAAAGGUGCCAUAUUACUAUACCUGACCCAAACAAUACACACUUAAUGCCAAGUUACCAGUUGUCAUAUUAUCCCACUACAGUUAAAAAGCCCCUUGUGAUGCUUUGGUUCAUCUACUUUACCAUAAUUCAGCAUUUUGAAGGAUACAUCUUAUUUCAGCAUAAUCAAUAGGUUUGUAUGCUUAGUUAUUGAAAUAUAAAACUAAAAAAUAUUAUAUGCAUUUUUCUCUCAGUUUUGGUUUCAUAGUACAUUAAUGUUGAUACCACAAGAAAGAACUGUAUUUAGUCUCCAAAUCUUUUCUCAUUUUAAUAAAAGAAAAUUACAUAUUUUCAUAGAAAAUAACCUAUUGUUAGAAAAGAAGGCCUAUGUAUCUAUCCAGGUCACUUUCACAUAUUUUGUUACUUUUGGUCACCAUAAAUAUUUUUAUGUUAUUGUAUAUUAUUAGUCAUAAGUUUCCUAAUGCAUUCUACAUCAGCAGGGCCCAAGCAUCACCCUACUGGGCCCUUGUAUUCAGGUGAAGCUUGGGCCAUUCUCCAUCCUUUAAUAAAUGAUAAUGAUCAUCAAUAUUAUCAUACUUUGAUGUCUUGCUCCAUUUUGGAGGUUCAUGGCAUGUUAAACCUCCCUUACAGGCUGUUCUGCAAUGCCUCCAUAAACCUUUGCUUUUGAUAUUAUGAAAGUUUUCAAUAGAUUCUGACAUAAUCUUUAGUUUUUCACCAUCCUUACAAAAUGCUUCUAUUUCUUUAUCUUAUGUAUGUAUUAUACUGCCAUACAUUUAUAAAUUUUAUAUUGCCUGCUCUUCCAACAGAUCCUUAAGUACUUUUGUAUGUAAGUUGACAUCUCUCUCUUAUUAUGGGACCAUAGAGGCUCAUCAUAGGAGCUGCUUUUCAUCAGUCCAUUUAGCUGCAUGAGUAAGUAAGAUAUUCACACAGUGGUGUAGGUUAUUCACCUACAGUCGUCUACUGGUCACCCAGCCAGCCGCUUCCCUGCAGAAAGAGCUCAGAGCUCACGUUCAUGUCCAUCAAUCAGGCAGUGUAAGAAAGUUAUUUGACAAGUGAUGCAAUCUGUUACAGUACCAUUAUUACUAAAUUUUUUUUUUUUAAUAUUUUAGUUUUUAGAGAAAGAAGAAUGUUUCAUUAUAUCGCUAAGCAAUCAAUCAUUUUAAGUACAUUAAAUAACAAUGCUGUAAAAGAGAAAGAGUCUUAUUUUAGCAAUGGUGUAAAUGUAUUUUUUUUUUCACCAUAAAGGCAUUGAAUUGCAGUUUAAUUUUUUAGGCAUUGUUCUCUGAUGAGAGUGAGAGAGCUCAACAGAUUGCUGCUGCUAGUACUGUACAUGAUAGAUUUUUCCUUCACUCCACCAGCAGUAAGAUAGGCAUGCCUGCCCAUACACUGCGAUUUUUUUUUUCCUGUAUCAUUUAUCAUGUUCUUGGUGACUGAAUACAUGAGAAAAUGUGGAUGAGGAAGAGGGUCUAGUAAGUUAGUCUGCCAGGGAAACAGAAUGGAUGAAUUAUGAAAAAACUUUGUUUAAAAUGAUUUUCUCGUUUUAUUUCAUUUACAAAGUUUUAGCUUUCAGCAUAAUCAUUUACAAGGUUUCCCAAAGUAAUGUGUCUUUGGUGUGUGUUACGGAAUGGAUCUGAAACUAAGGAUACACCAGAGAAGUACAAGUGAAGCUUUUGCUGCUUUAAUGGAUUUGGAGAAUUUUACACAGGAUAGAGUGUUUAGAAUGUAAAGAGCGGGUAUAAGAUAGCAGAGGGUAAUGAGAAGUGUUACUUUUGAGGGGGCUAGUCAGAUUGGUGUAGACUCUGUAGUGUGGACCCGUCUAUAUGAUAGAACAUCCCAUGACGUAGGCAUAAGUGAUGCAUGGUUAUACGUAGUGAAAACGAUCUUUUAUCACGAUACCCUAUAAGGUGUUUACUCAGAGUGAAUAUAAGUGAUAUUAUAGUGACAUUGUGAACCACUAAAUAAGCAAAACAAAUACAUAAGAUUUUCCACAGUGUUGGUAUUUUAAGAAAUGUUAUUGGUUCGCAGAAUAGUUUCGAACUAACUUCUCGAUCCUGAAGAAGUCCCGAGUCAUGAAGCCCUGAAUCUUGGCAGAAUCAGCUGGAGGAAGUUUAGACAGAGAUGGCGUGGAAGUACUGUUUGUCCGUGAGGCUUUAAUCUGUUGUGUUGCGUUGACCCAAAGAAGGUAGUGUUGAAUUGCAGUGUGUGAAAGAGCCUGCCGAGCCCUGAGCUGUGCCAGUCACCGAGGAUCGAUCAACUUGCGAGUCGAGAUUAACCUUCAGCCAGACGCGGGUGGUGAACAGCGCUGCACACAAGAACACAAGACCUACAAGUGCAUCAGUGUCCCACAAGCGUCCUCUCUCUCACGCCCAUUCGUGGGGAGCAAAGCAAUAAAGAGGAUCAACUCGGACACUCAUGGCCACAGGGAAGGCAACACCCUGUCCCCGCGCCCUCCACCUGCCGCCCCUCGUAAUGCAGAAUGUCCCUCGCGCCCUUCAUCUCCCUCCUUCACACCGCCGGCCGUCCGUCAGCCUCCCCGCCCGAGCAAACAAGCACCAGCAGCACCAACAGCAGCAGCAGCAGCAGCAGCAGCAGCAGGAACGUGUUUCCGGUAAGAAAGUGAAGAGGCGCCAGGUGAAGCAGGUAACCGAGGAGCGUUAACCAGGCUCAAGACAGGAGUGGGAGGAGGACUGGCAGAGAAGCAGCAGCCGGAUGUCUGCCUACCUGACUGUUCUCAGAGGAAAUAGAAGUAUGUUUUCUUCAACAUAAUUCAUCAAUAAUACCUUGUCUUAAACCUCUUCCCACACCAACACAAAACCAGCCUAAAAUGAUUGGAUGAAUUUUGGAAGAAAAGACAACAGGAGACACAGCAAGAGAUGAAUGCUUGACAAGAAGAGAGACCAUUCUGCUGUGACCAGGCCAUCCCAGAAGUGGAAGUGAAGAUUGAAAAAUAUAGGUACAUAGGUAACCUUACAAUGUGUACUGUACGAAAGUUUUCAAUAAAUCAGGUUUAAGAAAUUU